CUCACCUUCUUCAUCUCUCAUAUGGACCAUUACCGCCACCGCCACCGCCACCAACACCACUGUUAUUUAGGUAGCAGGCAUCUUCACUCGUCUCUCUUAUACCAGCAACCUCCUCUACUACACUGAGCGGCUUUCGGAGCAUGGGAAACAACUCUAGUCACUCCCAAUAUGUCUGAGCGACCGCCUUUCUCCCCCUCUUCGCAGGAUGACGAUGACGACGACGACGACAACCUCUCUAUUACUUCUACUGUCAUCGAAGAUAAUGAUUCUGAAAAAGAAUGGGAUGUCGAAGAUAUAUUGGCAGAACGACAAAAUCCUGAUGUUCCUGACACUUCACAGUACCUCGUCAAAUGGGAAAACUUUCCUAUGGAAGACUGUACGUGGGAGCCGAUCGAACACCUUGGAGAUGGACUCUUGGAAACAUGGGAGGAGAUCAAAGCCGGGAUUUCUGCUGGAGAUCGCGAGGCUUUCGAUCUAGCCGAAUUUGAAGCUGCAUGUGCGGCCCGACUCGAGAGACAUACGAGACGUAAUGCUAAACGCAAGAGACUCGGUUUUCAACUCACGCCGCCUUUCCCACCUGGAUACUUCGAAGAUACGCCCUUAAUCUCGCCCACUUCGCCCACUGAUCAAGAUUCGCUGUCUUCUGAUGAUGAAGCACAAGAAUUGGACGAGGUCGAUCCCGCCAUUGUCCUCUCUUCGAGACCAAAAGCCACAGUGAGCACACCGGUUCCACUAACAGAAAACAAACCUGUACCUACCGCUCCACGAGUCCCCAAACAGAAAACAUUUGUGGGAAUCCCCUCUCAUACUACUACCCCCAGUGACACAAGUACCUCGAAACUGCCCGAAAAUGGCCGCAGUCAAAAAUCUUCACAGCCGCUGUCGACGACAGCUUCGAAGACUUCUGGGUCAAAAACAACCACUCCCGGCCCCGUUCGAAAAGGGAGUACCGGUACUAUGACUGGUUAUCAGGGUACAGCAGGGAGAACUAGUGUCUUUAAGCCCACCACUGCCAAAAAGCCCAUGACAAUUACUACCACAAUAUCAUCAACUCCGUUGCCCAAGCCGCCAAAUGCAGUCAAGCGUCUCACUGCCACUAGGACUCGACAAUUACCAGCCUUAUCAGCAGCCACAAACGUAUUUGCAGGGGGCAAGCAGCGUAAAAAGCGAAAAAACUUGGCCGACUCCAUGGCCGAUCCUUCUAAAGCACCUAAAGCUUUCCAAAACAUGCGUAUGAGAAACCUUGCAAAGAAGCGAGGAAUUGAGAAGGGUGAUGCAGCCGGUGCCUUAUCUUCUAUCCCCAGCGCCUUCAUCAUUGAUAAUGAUAAGACAAAACCCAGGAAGCCUAGUCUCGUGUCACCAAUCACGGUGUCGCCGAAAGACCAAGAGACAUCCAAUUCGCCUAUCACGCCUUUGGAAGCUGUAUCAAAACAUCAGGGGUUGACGGAUUCUGUAAGGCAGCAAGAUGCAGAUGAAGCACCUCCACCGAAGCGUAAAAAAUCUAAAUCUGUCCACUUUACGGGAGACGACAGUGAAGAACUGGCCAAUACUAUGAAUGAACUAUUUGGCUCUACUCCUACGCAAGAUGACAUUAUAAGCCCGGACAUAAGUACAGUGGAACAAGGACCCCCUAGGACAGUAUCUUUAGCAAAGUAUCAAGAACGGGGAUCAGCACAGACAAUUCAGAAACUUGUCAAGUUUGGAACGGGAGAAGCGAUUAUGGUUAGCUUUAGCGGGAUUCCUCGACAUACUACCACCUGGUUGUCCGCCUUCAAGGCCGAGGAAACUCUCCAUCUCGCAUCCACCUGUACUUCCUUUCAUUUUUCUCAACAGAAAGGCCAGUUAAUUAAAGAAAAGCUUGCGGUUGGUUCAAUUACAGCUAGUUCACCGAAGCACGCCAGAGCCUUGAAGAAUGUUGCAGAACAUCUGCGACGAGGGGUAUACGGAUUGCAUCUGGUUGCACCUGAGUAUUCAAUCCUGAUUUAUCCGGGGAAUUGUUGUGAUGACUGGACCUGGCUUAAUAUUGAUAUUAAAGAGCCUGAGGAUGAUGCCGUACUGCGAUAUAUCAUUUUUCUAUCCGCAGUCCCAAUCCAAGCCUAUCCCUUUGAGCCUCAUGAAGGGCCCACAGCGGUGAAGCGAAACGGAGAAAAUGAUCUAGAACUUCUAGGGAUGCUGACGGGGCUUGACUUUACCAAGUUGUCUCCGCAGGAUAGUAAACUAAUAGAUAAGCAAUCCUAUAUGAUAUUGGUUCCAAAGAACGCUCGACAGCUUCAGUCUACAAUCAUAACUUGGCUUAGGACCCAUCAACCGGAUCGACCAAUCUUCACGUUCGACCAGCCACAUGGUUGGCGCACGUUCCAUGAAGCCGUACAGGCCGGUGGUGGAGGCACUGUGAUCUCCCAUGCCAAUUUCACUUUAUGGGAGCUCGAGAAGAUUCGAGGUGUUUGGCAAAUGCUUGAGGAGGGGAAGUAUACAUUCUGGCAUCUGGAUACCGGAGAGAAGAAGCGGCCUCAGUAUCCAUCCGAUUUAGAUGCGGUUAGCAUACCUGGGACACUUCGACUCACACGGUUGUUCCCAUAUGGUCGCGUAUUUCUCAUUACCCCAAGCUUCGUGAUCUCGGAACCAGCCAAGCUCUGCGACUUUUUGAAAUGGUUUAUUACUUAUGGUGUGAAUCCGAGUCACAUGAUUGUAGCUUGCCACAACUUCCCUCAGUUUCUUAGGAACAUUGCGGAAGAAAAGAAAGAGGAAUACAACACCUUGCGAGAAUUGAAUCAAGGUAAUCACGAUUUAUCGAGCUUCCUUGAACGCGUCUGCCGAAGUAAACAGGAUAUUGAUGAUCAUAUCCGUGCGUGGCAAUUGUUGCAACAGAUAAUGAACCUCUUCGGAGAUGAAUAUACCAGCGAAGAGGUGCGCAAAAUUCAUUGUCUUAGUGAGUUCAUCGACUCAAGCGAUGAACAGAGCUUAGUCAACGCCUUCUGUUGCUGGACUCGCCUGAAAUGCGAUCGAUUCCGGAGAUUCUACGUGCUCGGCUCUGACCCUAGGAAAAUGAGGGGAGCAUAUCGUUACAUCGAAGUUCCAAGAUAUUUCGAUACAGAAGUCAGCAAUCCUGAUGUAGCCAAUAUCCUUUCCGAGCGCCGUUCUUUGGAACUUGAAAACCAAGCCGGCAAGCAUGGCACCGAGAAUAAUAUUUCCUGGCGUACAGAUGAACUUGUAGCUAAAAAGUCUACUUGCGUGACGUCGUUUCGAUUUCCCAGCCCCACGUUCAAAUCCGAUGAUGCUCACGAACUCCAACGUUGGAUAGAUGAUCACUGUCGGAACACAGGUGGUAACUGGGCUGUGCUCCACCCAAAGCCUGUAGCUUGGAAGGAUAGGGCCAUGGCCCAACAGUUUGGAGAUGACGAUACUUACAAGAGCCGUUUCGAUACCUUCAGUAGCUGGUUUAAGGCAGCACCGACUUUCUCGACUAGGCGAAAUACAUAUUAUGGCCUUUUCUACACUAUCAAUGACACUUGGGACGAGUUCAUGCCCCAAGAAACAUACGAACGACACGCAUGGAUUGGCAUUUAUCGUCCCAAAAAUCCUCAUAUUUUAAAAUUUCAACAGUUCUCUAAGAUUGAACUUUUCAUCUGGGACUUGGAGGCAGCAAACAGAGAGAAAAAUGAGCAUCCAUUACUCGAUAUGCAGUGUCAACUGGUUAAUUACGUCCACGACAAUGUUGCUGAGCAUUAUCCCGAAUGUUCCCUGUCAGAUGUGUGGUAUAGUAGUGUUACAGAUCUCAAAAUCGAGCCAAAUGAUAACCCGCUGGAUACCACAUGUAGCAGAAUUCAGGAGAUGUUUAAGAAUGGGAGGACGGAGCUGCCACCUAUGGAUAAGUUCCUAUACAAUAGGUGGACGCGCCUCGAUCCGGUAUUAUGGACUGCGGGCUUGACCCCUGCGACCUUGAGGGCCGUGAAGAAGGCUUCCGAGCUCACCCCUGAGCGAAUUCCGCAAACUGAAGACGAUAAGCACAAGCCCCAAAGGGCGAUUUGGCACCCACCUCACAGGGGGAGUACUCGCCCCACCAGAUGCCUGAACCACCUGUAUGAGACUUGCUUAAGGGCUCGGCUCAAGGACCCAAAAUGCAAUCAAAUAGAAUACCGUUAUCGGCCAACUCAGGAGUGGUGGGCAGAUCAGGUGGAGGAAGGUCGAGGGUACGGUUAUGUCUGCGUGAGUGCAGGGGCAAAGAUCGUUGACAAAUUGAAGAAACCGCCUGAAGUGUCUAGCUGUAAGCCGGGGUCCAAAUAGAUAUUGACACCAAUAUUCUGUAUAAAUUUCUGUGUAUUGAUAAUUCGGAAUCGGGAUUAAAGGGGCAUUGUAUGCAUAGUAGUAGCCUCCUUGCGCGACGAUAGGAAUCCCUUACGCGCGGAUAUCUUGGCUCCUAGUGUAUGACCACACUCAUUAGUAGUAGGUCUCUUUGUAAAUAUGCAAAUUUGUAAGCUAAGAUGCUGCAUAUACACACUAUAUCCGUCCGUAGGGUGAUUUCAUCUUAGAGGACAUUGGUUUG